AUGAUUAAAAGACACAUAAUAAACCCGUACGCACUGCUUCUGUCUUCCCGCCCACCCAACCGCCCAAUAAAAAUCGCAGCUCUUUUACAAAGACUUUUUGUUGGCGGUGGAGAAAGGAGAAUGCACUCAGAAGGAAUCGAAGACCCGAGACUGUGCUACACAGAGUCAGAAGGCGGCUCCAAACGGUUGAUCACCGCCACCGUCGUCGCUACCGACAAUGACGGAGCUGCAGGCGAUGGCAUGUCGCGUUGUGGUACCGUCAAACUGCGAGAGAUGGCUGGGGCACUACCAGGCAACCAACCCAUCAAGUAA